AUGGGCUCGACCGUGGUCAACGGCGCUGCCGGCUAUGCCUUGGAUCUGACCGUCCUUGGUCUGAACAGCGGGACGUCGAUGGAUGGCAUCGACUGUGCCCUUUGCCGCUUCCGCCAGGAGACUCCCGAGUCGCCGAUGCACUUUGAGCUGCUGAAGUAUGGAGAGAUCCCGCUAGAGCCGGUGAUCAAGAAACGGGUGAUGAACAUGAUCCUGCACAACCAAACCUCGCCGUCUGAGUUGUCAGAAGUCAACGUAAUCCUGGGCGAGACGUUUGCGUCGGCAGUGUACCAAUUCUGCAAGGACUACCAUAUCGACAUUGACUCGAUUGAUGUGUUAGGCUCCCACGGCCAGACGAUCUGGCUGCUCUCUAUGCCCCAGCCAGGCGAGACUCGGAGCGCAUUGACGAUGGCCGAGGGAUCAUUCCUGGCCUCACGCACUGGUAUUACCUCAGUGACAGACUUCCGCGUAAGCGACCAAGCUGCUGGGCGCCAGGGCGCUCCACUGAUUGCCUUUUUUGACGCGCUACUACUGCACCACCCGACCAAGUUGCGUGCCUGCCAGAACAUCGGCGGUAUCGCUAACGUGUGCUUUAUCCCCCCAGAUAACUACGGCGGCGUGAACGAAUGUUACGACUUUGAUACCGGCCCAGGCAAUGUGUUUAUCGAUGCCGCGGUGCGCUAUUACACUAACGGGGAGCGCGAGUAUGACAAAGAUGGCGAGAUGGGCGCCCGUGGUAUAGUUGACCAGGAGCUCGUCGACGACUUUUUACGCCACCCGUACUUUGCCCUAGAUCCGCCUAAAACUACGGGCCGCGAGGUUUUUCGGGACACACUCGCACAUGAACUUAUCACUAAGGCUGAGGCUAAGGGUCUUAGUCCUGACGACGUCGUUGCCACUAUUACCCGUGUCACGGCCCAGGCUAUUGUGGAUCACUACCGUCGCUAUGCCCCGAAAGACCUCGAGAUUGCGGAGAUCUUUAUGUGCGGCGGCGGCGCGUAUAACCCUAACAUCACGUCAUUUAUCCAGAAGCACUAUCCUAGCGCGCGCAUUAUGAUGCUGGAUGAUGCCGGUAUUCCCGCUGGCGCCAAGGAGGCUAUCACCUUCGCCUGGCAGGGUAUGGAGGCCGUGGUGGGCCGCUCCAUUCCUAUCCCCACACGUGUCGAGAAUAGUCAAGAAUAUGUGCUUGGGAAGGUGUCUCCUGGCAAGAACUACCGCAAGGUUAUGCGCCAAGGUAUACUUUUCGGUGCUGGUCGCGAUCAUCUCCCCCCGGUGAAAGAGCUGGUCAACUAUGUCGACGGCAAGGUUUUCAACAACAAGUGGUAA